CAGCCAGCCACAAUAAUCCCAAAUCAAAAAAUUUCUGUGAACCUGAAUCCCCAAAUGUGGCCCACUACAAAACCACCCAUCCAAACACGCCGCUGUCUCAAUCUCCCCCCCACCAUUUUCUAAUUCGUUUGAAUUGUAUUACGCUGUCAAAACCGAACGGAUAAUUAAAACCCCCCAUAAUUCAGUGGCGGAAAGAAGAACAACUCUUCUCGCAACUUAUUUUUUUUGUUUUUAAUCAGUUUCUGCGGAAAAACGAAAACCCCCCAUUUUCGUUUUGUUGCAGGUUUUUGAUUUGUUUGUUUAUAAAUUAGUUGUUUUGGGGGGCCAAUUUGCUGGUGGUGGUGAUUUUUGGAAAUGGGGGACCAGAAGGGGAGUAAUAACCGGUGGAAUUGGGAGGUGGCUGGGUUCGAGCCGAGAAAAUCGGUGGAGCAGAGAGAUGAUUACAAAAAGGCAUCGGCGCCGCCGUUGUCUGGGCGGCGCUACUCCAUGUCCAUUUCUUCGCAUUCGGAGCUCUACAAGCAUGCCGUCAACUCCAAGUUCAUGCGAUUGAAAGAUAAAGUCAAGCUUGUCAAAGAAGACUACUCGCAGUUGAGACAAGAGGCUAUUGAUCUUCAAGAAUAUUCCAGUGCAAAACUUGAUCGAUUGACUCGUUACUUAGGUGUACUUGCUGACAAAACCCGUAAGCUAGAUCAGGCUGCCCUUGAGACAGAAGCUAAACUUUCUCCCCUCCUAUCUGAGAAGAAAAGGUUAUUUAAUGACUUAUUGACAGCCAAAGGAAAUGUGAAGGUGUUUUGUCGUGCAAGGCCACUUUUUGAAGAUGAGGGUCCAAAUGCUGUUGAAUUUCCUGAUGAUUGUACAAUUCGCAUAAAUACGGGGGACAAUAAUCUCUCCAAUCCAAAGAAAGAUUUUGAAUUUGACAGGGUUUAUGGACCACACGUUGGACAAGCGGAACUUUUUGCUGAUAUUCAGCCUUUUGUUCAGUCAGCAUUUGAUGGAUAUAAUGUUUCUGUAUUUGCAUAUGGGCCAACAUUCUCAGGAAAGACGUAUACUAUGGAAGGAUCUAGCCACGAUCGUGGCUUAUAUGCUCGGUCUUUUGAGGAGCUUUUUGAUCUGUCCAACUCUGAUGCAACUUCAGUCUCCCGAUAUAGUUUCUCAGUUUCAGCCUUUGAGCUUUAUAAUGAACAGAUAAAAGAUUUGCUUCUGGAGUCUGGAAAUUCUCUAUCAAAGGUCUGUAUUGGGUCGUUGGAUUAUGUUGUAGAACUUGUGCAGGAAAAAGUUGAGAAUCCAAUAGAGUUUACCAGAGUUCUCAAAACAGCUUUCCAGAAUCGAGGAGCUGACAUUUCCAAGUUUAAAGUCUCGCAUCUGAUUGUCAUGGUGCAUAUAUACUAUAAGAAUGUGAUCACGGGUGAGAACAUAUAUAGCAAGCUUUCUCUAGUUGAUUUGGCUGGAAGCGAGAGUCAAGUAGAGGAGGAAACUGGUGAACGUGCAACGGAGUUGUUGCAUGUCUUGAAAUCCCUCUCAGCAUUGGGUGAUGUUGUGGCAUCCUUAACCUCCAAGAAGGACAAUAUUCCGUAUGAAAACUCAGUGCUAACAAACGUUCUUGCAGAUUCACUAGGUGGAAGCUCCAAAACUUUGAUGAUUGUUAACAUCUGCCCUAAUAUGCCAAACAUGUCCGAGACACUAUCAUCCCUUAAUUUUGCUUCUAGAUCUCGAAAUGCUAUGCUGAGCCUUGGAAAUCGAGAUACAAUCAAGAAGUGGAAAGAUGUCGCCAAUGAUGCACGUAAAGAAUUGCUUGAGAAGGAAAAGGAAAUCAGCGAUCUGAAGUUAGAAAGCAUGGAACUAAAACAGGAUUUAAAGCAUGCAAAUGAUCAAUGCGUUUUACUCUUCAAUGAAGUUCAGAAAGCGUGGAAAGUUUCUUUCACAUUGCAGUCAGAUUUAAAGACAGAGAAUAUGAUGCUAGCAGAUAAGCAUAAGAUAGAGAAGGAACAUAAUGUUCAUCUUCGGAACCAAAUUGCUCAACUGUUACAGGUGGAGCAAGACCAAAAAUUGCAUAUAGAACAAAGAGAUUCAGCAAUUCAAAUGUUACAGGCCAAACUGAAGAGUGUUGAGUCACAAUUAAAUGAAGCUCUUCUUUCCAAGGAGACUAGGUCAACAAAUGGCUCUGCAUCACUGUCUGGAGAAGAUACAAGCAAGAAAUCCACAGGGGAUGACAUUGAAUCUACUGCAGUCACCAAGAGACUUGAGGACGAACUGAAGAAACGGGAUACACUUAUUGAGAAAUUACAUGAAGAGAACGAGAAGUUGUUUGACCGGUUGACAGAAAAAGCUUCCUUAGCAGCAUCACCUCAGGUGUCAAGCCCAUCUCCCAAGGGACCACCACCCAGUAUGUCUCGUGACUUAGGAAGGAAUGAUAAUAAUAAUACCAAGGGACAACCGGGUGAUGCUGGUGCUUUGGUAUUAGCCUCUGAAAAGACAGAGAGAGCUGUUGCAUUGGUUAAAUCUGGUACUGAUCUCGUCAAAACUACCCCAGCUGGAGAAUAUCUUACAUCUGCCCUGAAUGAUUUUGAUCCGGAACAAUAUGACAGUCUUGCUGCCAUCUCAGAUGGAGCAAAUAAGCUUUUGAUGCUGGUUUUGGCUGCAGUCAUUAAGGCAGGUGCUUCUAGAGAGCAUGAAAUACUUGCUGAAAUUAGAGAUUCCGUUUUUGCCUUUAUUCGUAAAAUGGAGCCUAAAAGGGUGAUGGAUACCAUGCUUGUUUCCCGUGUUAGGAUUCUCUACAUACGAUCCCUGCUUGCUCGUUCACCAGAGCUACAGUCGAUCAGGGUUUCUCCUGUUGAGCGCUUUCUAGAGAAGCCUAAUAGUGGACGUAGUAGAAGCUCUAGCCGUGGUAGCAGCCCUGGAAGAUCUCCAGUUCGUUAUGAUUCAAGCACGAGGAAUAUGCUGAUUGAGGAACACAUUCAGGGGUUCAAAGUAAAUAUCAAAGCAGAAAAGAAGUCAAAGUUGUCUUCAGUUGUUCUUAAGAUACGUGGAAUCGAUCAGGAAUCCUGGAGACAUGCUAUAACAGGUGGAAAACUCAGGGAAAUAACAGAGGAAGCAAAAGGUUUUGCAACCGGAAACAAGGCUCUUGCAGCUCUAUUCGUUCAUACGCCAGCUGGUGAGCUCCAGCGGCAAAUCAGAAAUUGGCUCGCUGAGAAUUUCGAUUUCCUUGCGGUCGCUGAUGAUACAGUAGCUGGUGCAACUGGUCAGUUGGAGCUUCUCUCUACCGCCAUAAUGGACGGUUGGAUGGCCGGACUCGGAGCGGCACAGCCUCCUAACACCGAUGCUCUUGGCCAGCUGUUGUCUGAAUAUGCAAGACGUGUUUACACUUCUCAAAUGCAGCACUUAAAGGAUAUUGCAGGUACUUUGGCAACUGAAGUGGCAGAAGACUCUGCACAAGUAGCUAAGCUACGUUCGGCUCUGGAAUCUGUUGAUCACAAGAGAAGGAAGAUUUUGCAACAAAUGAAAAGCGAUGUGGUGAUGUUGAGUUUAGAAAACGGUGCGACGCCCAUUCGAAACCCUUCUACUGCUGCUGAGGAUGCAAGACUGGCGUCAUUAAUUUCCCUCGAUGGCAUAAUGAAGCAAGUCAAGGAUAUAUUGAGGCAAACCUCUGUCAAUGUUUUGAGCAAGAGUAAGAAGAAAGCAAUGCUUGUUUCUCUAGAUGAACUUUCGGAACAGAUGCCUUCUUUACUUGACCUUGACCAUCCAUGUGCUCAGAGACAUAUUGCAGAAGCUCGAUAUGCUGUAGAGUCAACUCCGGAAGAGGAAGACAAGCUUCUAGAAUACCCAGCACUGGGGGCCACCAGAGAAACAACAACAACAGCAGGUUCCGAAACUGACGUGGCACAGUGGAACGUUCUGCAGUUCAACACUGGAGCCACGACCCCCUUCAUCAUCAAAUGUGGGGCUAACUCGAACUCCGAACUCGUCAUCAAAGCCGACGCACGCGUGCAAGAACCGAAGGGUGGCGAAAUCGUCCGAGUGGUUCCAAAACCAACUGUCCUCGAAAACAUGGCACUCGAGGAGAUGAAAGAAGUCUUCACACAAUUACCCGAAGCGUUGAGUUUGCUUGCCCUAGCUAGGACAGCAGAUGGGACCCGCGCAAGGUAUUCGAGGUUGUACAGAACUCUGGCAAUGAAGGUUCCUGCACUAAGGGAUUUGGUUGUUGAGCUUGAGAAAGGGGGACUGCUCAAAGAUGUUAAGUCAUGAAUUUUAUUUUUGACAUGUGUUAAAUGUGUAUCUAAGUGGGCCCCAUGUUUGUUUUUUUGUUGUCUGAGGGCCUUAUUGUAUGUAUCUAUUAUGUUAGUGGAAUGAUUGAUUAUGGGAUGGAUGCAUAUUGUUUGUGCUGAGAAUUAUUGGCAAGGCUGUGAAUCGUCAUCUUGUUCUAUUGUAAAGAGUUGCCUCUUAUUUGUCAAUUUUUUUUAAAUUUUUUAUCUAUU